AUGAAUUUUGCUUUACAGGACCUUGACAAUGUUGAUUUCUUCAGAGAAGUCUUUAUUUCACUACUUAAUAGCUAUAAACCGGAUAAAGCAAAACGAAAAAAAAAAGCAAGAAGUUACAAGGAGCUUAUCAAUAAGCAUCGAUAUACCUAUUGCCAACUCGCCUCUUAUGUUCUAAUCAAACUGAAAUAUGCGCAACAAAUAGGAAGCUAUGAAACUACGAAAAUCCACACUGCAUACAUGAAUGGCGUCGCUCUUCAUUUCGGGAACAGAUUGCCAAGACAGUACACCAAAGUAAAAAUGAACAUCUCUCUGAGGAACAUCAUUGAAUUGCCAGCGCAUCUUUUUAACUCACAAGAAGUCGGCAUCCUUCAACAGUUUUUUGAUUGCUACACUUCUGACACUCACUUCAAGAAGAAUUCUAUUUAUUAUGAUUGUAAAGCGGACCCAUCGAAGCAUUUGAAGGCAUUUUAUUAUCUGACGCGAUGUUCUGAAUCUCUCUACAAUAAGUCGUUCAACUGCUUUCCUCUGAGAAGAACAUUCAUACCUAGUUAUAUGACUAUAGAAACAUAUAUCGUAAACACUCAAACUUUAAGAAACUCUGUCAUUAGCCACUUAGACAAAGAAGUAAUCUGGGGAGCCGUACUGAACAUGAAAUCCAAAGCUAUGAAGCCUCAAGAAGACAAUAAACAAAUGAAGUUUAGAGGUACUAUUCACACAGAUGGUAUUGCCGUAUCCAUUUUGAAGCAGACCUAUGACAGCAAGAAGAAAGGUUCUGGAGGCGGCAUGCGAAAUGAUAAGAAGAUAGAAGAAGACAUUGCUUACAUAGAAAGUCUGUCGCAAGAAAAACUUCAAGAAAAACUUCAAGAAAGAACUUGCAAAAAUAAUUGUGUCUUGAUUGACCCUAGACGGCGUGAUAUGUUGUUCUGUAUGCACGAAAGCAGUACCGUUGAAAAGAAAAGAACUUACCGCUAUACGAGAAAUCAAAGGAACAUUGAAACAAAAACAAGAAAGUUAAUGAAACUUUGUGAAAGACUGAAAUCAGAGGCCGUAAGCAAUGCAGAAGCAAUUCUUUCACAUUUAAAGUCAUCCAUAGUCAUAAAAGAUCAAUACGUAGAAUAUAUAAGACAGAAAGCUACCGUGACUCAAGUUCUUCAGGAAUACUACUCGAAUGAAGACUUGCCUUUAGAAGAACGUAAUACUAAUACGUUACCAUUUCGAAAGCUAAAACUAUCAAGCUACAUUAAUCGACAGCAAUCUGACAAACGUCUUUGUAAGAAUAUCAGAAAACAUUUUGGCAACGAUGCUGUUAUUGUUAUUGGCAACUGGUCUGCGGGGAAUGUCAAGUUCCAUGAACCGAUUAGAGGAGUUGGCAUGAGAAGAAUGCUUCAAAAAGAAGGUUUUCUGGUACACCUGAUUGAUGAAUUCAAAACAUCCAGUAUAUGCCCGGUAUGUAAAGGUGAUGUAGGAACUUUCAAAGAAGUCGUGAAUCCAAGGCCCUUUGGAAGGGAAAAAUAUCCAACCGUAAAACGUCAUGGUCUUUUAAGGUGUAAAAAUGUACAAUGCUUGAAAGAAGGUCGUCGUCUUUGGAACAGGGACUUACUCGCCACCCUCAACUUUUGUGAGAUUCUCUUUAGUUUACGUGCCACGGUGCAAACACCAAAAGACAACAAAAAAGACAAAGACCUCCUUCUAUUGAGUACGACAGUAGAAAAAGACAAUAACAAAUCCGAAGUAGUCAUCGCUGCUUUCAAUCCAUGAUACAGGGUGAGUUCAUUAUUUUAAUUUUAUUUUUCACUUCAUCUGAAAACUAAUUUCCAUUUCGUCUAACUUCCUUUUUCGUUUUGUCCAAAAA